UAUUCCUAUUCUAUUCUAUUCUAUUCUAUUCUAUUCUAUUCUAUUCUAUUCUAUUCUAUUCUAUUCUAUUCUAUUCUAUACAUGGACCCAGUGCAAUCUGCCCUGGAGACUUGAAGAGUGCUGAAGGAGGACUGGUGUGGUGUGGAACUUCAGGAAAAUUGGGCAUUUAGCAUCCAGCCCACCAGGUGGAAUCGGAGGAUGGCACACGUGCCCGUCUCCUUUCCUUACAAAUUUCACACCGGCCAGCUCUUUUUGGACCAAGAACUCCAGUAGGCAAACCUGGAGAACUGUCUGCCUGCUGGAAAAGUUCAUCCGCCUUUUGGAAGGUCUUCUCCAUCUCAUCCCAUUCCAUGUGAGGAUCCCUGAAGGACAUGUAAGAACAUCCUUCUCAGACUGCUUCCAAGCCCACCUCCAUCCAGUCUCCUGUUUCCCGGAAGUGGCGACCACUUUGGGAAAUCCCACCUCCGCCACUAUCUCCUCACCUAACUGGGAAGACUGAGCAGGGGUCUCCAUUUCGGAGGACAGGAAAAGGAAGAGGAAUUAAGGCAAAGGGGAACUGGACGAAGGGAAGGGGAAAAGGGGACACCUGGUCUGAUCUUCCUGAAGAUGUCUGAUCAGGAGAUUGAUGACUAUGAAGGGGACAACUUCUCUGACACUUCGCACACCAUCCAAACUCUCCCACCUUACAACAUGGAGGACCAGCUCCUGCCCAUGGAGCGUCGCAGCACCUGUGGCUGUUGGGUGUGGACUUGCCUGGUGGGGGCAAUGAACUUUUUUGCUUUUCUCCUGAACUUCCUUCUGAUGGCUGCCAUCUUUCUGGUGGUCCUUUUGCCCGCCAUAGUCGUGGUCUAUUUUGGAUUCCAGUGUCACUCCCGGGUGCUCCACUCGACCGCCUACUACUGCCAAACCAUCCUGGACGACAACAGCUCUUCGGCCUUGAUCAUCCUCGGCUUCGUCAUCAUGUCUCCCCUCAUCGUGGUCUCCAUGGCCCUCUACUGCAGCCUGGCCCGCCGCCUGCACCUCUUCCUCUGCUUCCAGCCGUGCGCCCGGGCCGUGUACAAAGGCGUGAAGUGGCGGUGGUACGAAGAAGGGGGGCUGUGCGGGUGUGUGAAGGAGUGGAACCACCACGUCAAGGCGUGGGUCUGAGCUGGGCCUCCUAGCCUCCGUGCAGUUCGGUUGUUUUCAGUGGGGGCACCAAGGAAGAGCUGUGACAGUAACCCACCACCACUGUUCCCCCCCCCCCCGCAGGCUCCUCGUGCUAAGGAGCUAAAGGCCUCCCUGGAUUUCAAGGCAAUUUACAGAUAAUCCCAUCGGGGUGUGCCUGUAUUUGUUGUUGUGGGCUGCACAAGGAGCGGGGUCGAAGCAGGGGUGGGUGGGACUAGAGCCCCCGAGUGGGUGGCACUCCUUUCCCACCUAAUUCACUUAACUGGUUCGUGUUACGACCUCAAGUCUCUGGUUUGGUUUUUCCUGCAACUUCACCUCCUUUCGUGAUUCACAAUUUCUGGUGGGUUUAUGGGUCAAUAUGUGCCGUAAACCCAGGGAAUGGGAUUAAUUCGGGAUGAGGUAGGAGGUCCCCUGGUUGCAACAAUCUUCAGUCUCACGCCCUCGUUUGCAGGUUGAUGAUCGGUCCUUCCUUUCCAUGUGUUUUUGAAACUGAGAGGUAGUUAGUUACCUCUUAAAAUGUAGAACGUCAAGCAGCAGUCAGGAGACACGUUGAGGUCUCUAACCCAGCGGUUCUCAACCUGUGGGUCGGGACCCCAUUUGGGGUCGAACGACCAUUUCACGGGGGUCACCAAACAAGGCUGUCCACCAUUUUUUUCCCCUUUUCUUUGGCCAUGCCCCUGGCAGCCAGUGAUGUAUAAGUGGUUGGGGGGCACCACAACAUGGGGAACUGUAUUAUGGGGUCACGGCAUUAGAAAGGUUGAGAACCACUGCUCUAAAGGCUCCCUCAAAUGGAAAAUAACCCAAGGAGGCUCAGUUCCUUCGUUCGUUGAAAAAUAUCUGGGAACUUGGCCCUUUGUCUGCUUUAACUGUAGGUGAGUACCCCAGUUCAGGAACAAAAGAUUCUCUGGCUCAUUUUAUUUUCUGCGAAAGCAAUGCCCUUCUGAUUUGAAAAAAAAAAAAAAGAAGAAGAAGAAGGCCAUGAUAUCAGAAAGGGGAGAUUGCAUCAUUCUGGGCUCCACCUAUGGUUCUGGUUAAGGCACAAAAAAAAACCUCUGCCCCUAAGAACAGCAUGUGGGAGGAGGGGGGAAAGAGAGUCAGGCCCCCUUUUUUUCGAUGUAGGCUUUGAUCCAAAGCGAGCUUUCGAGUUUUUAUUCCGAUGAGCAAGAUUUGCCUCGCCUUCGCGCCCUCCGGCAGCUGCAACAGCUUCCGUGCUUCGCUGUGUAGUGUGCUGAGGCCACAGCUGGCUCCAAAGCAAACUUGUUUUCGUGGCUUCCAGCGGAUUUGAUGUGCAGCCCCUGAAUGCAGCAAAAAGACUGGCGCAGCGGGUGCAGGAAAGGCCACCUCUGCGCUCCCAGAGCUUGUAAGCGCAUCGCGAUUCAGGCUCCGCAGUUGCGUUUCAAAGGGUUUCCACGAGGUCUGGUUGAAACGAGGCGAAAUGUUUCUUGAAUCACCGAGCCAGCUGUAUUUUUGCCCAACCAUCCAGCUGUGUCCCAACCGAUGUCUCGUGGCUAUUCUUAAAAUGGGAACGGGGUGCAAUUGAUAGUAUUUCCGAAAGAGGUAAUUGUUGGGAGAAAGAGAUACAUCCAAUGGUGGGAUUCAGCCAGUUUGCACCAGUUCGGCAGAACCGGUAGCUAAACUUUUGCUGACUUCAGAGAACCGGCUGAAUGCACACUGCUUCUGGAAAUCCAGUGGAGGCCUCCCA